GACGGGAACAGGGAGAGAAGUGGUGGGGAAAAGAAAUGGAGCUUGAAUCCCUGCCGCUGCGUCGCCAGUGCGCUUCCAGCUAGUCCACCCUCCUCGUCUCCUCCCAGCACUCAAUGGAUCGAAUCGGCAUAAGCAUUGUCAUAGCCAUCACAACAAUGGGCCAAUACCUUCAGGCAACGACACGGGCAGGGCGAACAAUGGUAACACCAGAGGGCGUGAAUGAGUGAUCGUCGAUCCAUCGGUGUUAUUAAGACGACACGACAGCCUGCAAUAAAUUGCCACGGAACAACCCAGUAAGAAAAAUUGUCAUCACUGACCACAUCUCAUUGACCUUGACCUCAAGCACUUGGACAGUAUAUCCUCAUUUCCAGCUGUCUUUGCUUCUUAGUGUCAUUCGGUGCAGCCAAGUUCCAAACAUCCGGCCUAGCUUCAUUGAUGGCAAUACCAACCCCCAAGAGCAUCACGGGAGGAUGCUUGUGUCGAGGAGUGCGGUAUCAAGUCGUAUUUUCUCCAGAGCAUGACUGGAAAAGAGGGCCUCACUCUUGUCAGUGCACACAAUGCCGGAAGAACUGCGGCUCUCUGAUUUACAAUUUCCAUACUGUCAAGGCAUCUGAGAUAGAGUGGACGUCACAGUCGACAUACGCGGAGUACAACUCAUCUCCAGGGUGCUAUCGAUCAUUCUGCAGGAAAUGCGGCUCACCACUUGCCUGGUCAGACAGGAAGGUCAAUACAGACAUCGAACUGGCCGUGGGAACAAUAGACGAGGAGUUCUUAGUCGGAGCUCGAGAUUCGGAUGAUCGUCCCCUUGGAGCACAUGGCUUCGCCCUAGCCAAUCCAGAGGCUGACCACUUUCAUAUACGAAACGAGAUCUCUGGGGUUACAGAUGGAAUUUCAGCUGCAGGGACACGGUUCUGGCGGGGUAGCAAAGAGGGGCCUAUGACGAGUUCAGAGUAACAACACCCCAUCCCGCAUUUCUGGAUCAUGAAGAUCUUGCUCCUUGGCUCGCAGAGGCGGCUGGGCCUCAGAGCAAACACGAAGUCCUCCGGAUUGCCAAAUUAGGAUUUGAAUGUCAUCGUAUGUUUGCAUCAGAUCUGUUGAGGCAGAAGAAAUUUCUUGAUGUUUUGAAGGUUCUUGGUGGCGUCUUGGACAAUUCCUUCCUAACGCAGGUUCCUCGGCAUCUUUUCAUUUAAUGUUUCGAUUCUUGUCUUUUGCAUGUCUACAUUCCACGACCAACUUAAGAUUUUAUGGAUAGCAUAUCCCUUCAGCAUUCUUCCAAUCUUCAAGUCCUGUGCUUGUACGAUCUAUGAUAUCAUAGUCAUCUCGGCCUACCUGUACAACAUGACUGACUGCCCUGCUCUGCUUUGUCUCAGCCUGUGAAUUGAGAUGUUGUUGAGAUCCACUUUAACACCGAGGCUGCCGAGAAGCUUUGCCCCAUGGUUCCUUUUUCGUCGUUGGAUGUGGGGGAGAUCUCCGCAAAUUUAACCUUAUCCACAAUUGUUAAAUGCCAUCAGGCCCUGGUUGAAGCGCCGUUGCAACCAGAAAUUGUACCGAGGCUGCAACUUCGACGUCUCCACAAUCGCCUCUCGCUCGAAGCCAAUUCGAGGACCUUUCCUCUGGCUGCACCCUUCCGUCGAUCAUUGCCCAUCUGCCGUGCAUUAAGGUAAUGUCCUGGAUCCCGACCUUUUUCGGAGAAGUCAGACCAAUCAUCGAAUAUAUCGAACUUGCUGACCAUAACACCCAACCAUGAAUCUCCAGUUUUUCUCCAGUUUUACAAGGAACAGAAGUAUAGCAUCAGCUGAAUGAGACUAUGACAACUAGUUUUCGGUGCUCAGGGAGACAAGUGUAACCCACUUGGCGUCAUGGAGGUUAUCAACUCUCCGGCAGACCAUUUAAUAUGACGGGAGAUAUAUAUUAAGUACAAGAGUUCCCACAAAAUUUCUUAUUGACAAUCGACUUUCCACAAGAUCUCUACUUCACUCGCUUUUCAACAUGAGAUAUUCGACGGCCAUCGUUAGUGCUCUCGCCUUCUGUGCUUCCGAGGUAGUUGCUUUCCCAGCGGCCGCUAUUGAGUAUGCUGCUAGAGCAGAGCACGACGCCUUUGCUCGCAGAGAUAUCGAAGCCGCUAUUGCCAAACUCGAGUCACAGCGCCGUGCCCCAGGUUUCAACGCCCAACAGCAGUAUGUUUCCACCCAUGGCGAACACGCAUUUGUCGCACCCAAUGCCCCGAACACACUCAAUGGAGAUCAACGUGGACCAUGUCCAGGCUUGAACGCCAUGGCAAAUCACGGAUACCUCCCUCACAACGGUGUCGCAACUAUCCAACAGUUUAUCGAUGGUACCUAUGAUGUCUUUGGCAUGGGUAGAGAUCUUGGCGGUUUCCUCGCCAUCUACGGUGCUGUCGUCGAUGGCAACCUCCAAAAGUGGUCCAUCGGUGGCCCUACACCAGCCGUACCAAGCGCACUCGGGUUAUUGGGUACUCCAACCGGUAUCUCGGGAUCUCACAACAAGUACGAGGGCGAUGUUAGCCCAACUCGUCCAGAUCUCUACGAAUAUGGCAAUACCUACAAAGUAAUCAUCUCUCAAUUUCAAGAGCUGUUCGACCUCCAACCCAACGCCGCAACCGCCAACUACGACCUCAGCGUCCUCACCCCCUUCCGCGCCUCCCGCUUCCAGCAAUCCAUCGAGCGCAACCCCUACUUCUUCAACGGCCCCUUCUCAGGAAUCGCCGUUCAGCCCGCAGCAUACACAUUCAUCUACCGCUUCAUGGGCAACAAGUCAGCCGAGCACCCAGAGGGAGUCCUCAACCAGGAGGUUCUGAAGUCUUUCUUCGCAAUUACCGGUACGAGCGGUAACUUCCAGUGGACGGAAGGCUAUGAACGUAUCCCCGAGAACUGGUACAAGCGCGCCAUCGGCGACGAAUAUACCAUCCCCUUCUUCCUGACCGACCUCCUCGCUGCCGCCUUGGAGUACCCGCAAUUCUUGAACAUCGGAGGAAAUACCGGGAAGGUGAACACCUUCACCGGUGUCGACUUUGAGGAUUUGACUGGUGGUGUGUUCAACCUUGCUACGCUUGCGGAGGGUAAUAACCUCGCUUGCUUCGUGUUGCAGGGCGUGGUGCAGUUCUUGCCUGAUAGUUUGCUGGGUGCGGUUGGGGAUCUGGGUGCGCUUUUGGGACAGCUGAAUGGUGUGCUUGGUGGGGCGUUGAGUAAUUUGGCGUGUCCGAAGUUGGAUCAGGUUAAUAAGGAUCAGUUUGCGCAGUUUCCUGGUGCGAAGGGUGCGUAUUAG